AUGAGCGAAAGAAUGUUGGGAAUAUAUUGUGAAGCAGUGCACAGAAAAGGAGCAGCAUUAGAUAAUUGUUGGGGCUUUGUAGACGGGCCGGUAAGUUGCAUGCAUAGUUAACCAAAAAAUCUGACAAUGUAUCUAGUUAACCCAUUGAGCCGCAAUGCGCCCUACUUAUUUUACUUCUCUAACGCCAGAUGAUUUUACUUGUCAAUGGGGAAACUCUGCAGCUUAAUGGGUUAAAUUGAAAUUAUUGUAGCAAGAGGUGAGUUUAAAUACCCUUAAUUCAUAAUGAUAAUCAUGAAUGACAAUUUGUUAACCUCACAAGCCAGGGUGUGAACCUCAGCCAAGCGUGCUACCUCAGUUGCUCUGUGAUGGACUCACCCACACCACCUUGGAAAAUUUCCCUGGGGUUGACAUUUUGUUGUCCUUAAAUUUUACUUUAUUUUCCAGUUUGAAUGACACAGAAUUUUCCAUUGUGAUGGUGUACAGCUAAUUUUUUUAAAUUGAAAAUGUCUUUCUAAUUAUUUUGCUGUUGCAAAUCACCUUUUCCCCAGGGAUAGGUCGCCACCCCCUCAAAACAGGGCAGCCAAGAGAAUUUGCAGGGCCCAGGGUAAAUCUUCCCUGGGGGGCCCAUGACAUAUUUUUAAGUUAGACCCAACCAGACACUACCUAGACUGGAUGUGGAGGUACUGUAAGGGUCCCUCAAUUUCAAAAAUUCUCUUAACAAUUUAAAGAACUUACUCAAUUUUAGGCUCUCACUCUCAAUUUGGGGCUCUAUUAAGGUGGUGCCUGGGACAAUUUGCUCUGCCCCCCCCCCUCUUCUCGGCGGCCUUGCCCAAAGAAAAAAUCACUUCUUAUGAAUGCCCCCUCUUCUGUCACAGAUACAUGUUUAAAAAUGCAUUAACUGUCAGUAAUAUAUUUUUAUUUCCUACCCAGGUUCGUCCGAUAUGUCGACCUGGAAAAUACCAGAGACAGGUAUAUAAUGGACACAAACGUGUUCAUGCACUGAAGUACCAAUCAGUCGUAGCAGCAAAUGGUCUAAUUGUACACAUGCAUGGACCUGUAGGUAUGUUUUUGGGUUAGAAUAUUUUAAUAUGGCAUAUGCCAGUAUUUGUCAAUGUUUUUCAAUUGAUUUUUCUUAAUAAAAAAAUCUAUUGCAAAUCUCUGGCUGUUUUAUAGAAGGUAAAAGGCAUGAUGCCAGAAUAUUUGUCGAGUCUGGCUUACAAGAACAGCUACAACUACAUUCUUAUGAUGAAGAUAACAGAUCCUUAUGUAUAUAUGGAGAUGGAUCUUAUCCUGUUAGUCGGCAUGUGUAA